AUGGAUCUCCAGGAGACCCAGCGUAUUCUUACCGAAUAUCUGCACGAACUCGCGGAUCUAUUUCACCGUGUGCCUGGCUCCGCAAUCUUCCUCCGCUACGUGAAAUCAAGCUAUCAAGAUGAUCCAAUUCGUUCUGCUGUCGAAUUAUUCCUCUUCCUUUUCGCCGUGCGAUAUUUGCUAGCGCCCAAGUAUUCGACCAAACCGGGCGUUGUACCACUCACAGAAGAUGAGAUUGAUGAUCUCGUGGAUGAAUGGACCCCUGAACCCCUCGUUGGGAACCCGACAACCUUGGAAGAGAUGGAAGUUGAUAAGCGAACCGUGAUUGUUGGGUAUCGUACCCCCCGUUCCUAUUGCUUCUGCCUGGCGCACUUUGCGGACAUUUUACUGACAGAUGAAAUUGGGAUCUGCAGCCCUGUAGGCCCAAAAUCGAAACUGGCCAACGGCCGCACCGUUAUGAACCUCGGCUCCUUCAACUUCUACAAUUUCAAUACGAAUGAGUCCCUCAAGGAACAGGCAAUCCAGACACUCCGCGCUUAUGGAGUUGGUCCCUGCGGACCCCGUGGGUUCUACGGCACACAGGAUGUUCACAUGAAGACAGAAGAUGACGUGGCAGCGUUCCUGGGAACCACAGCUUGCAUCAUCUACUCCCAGGCCUUCUCGACCAUUUCCAGUGUUAUUCCUGCUUUCUCGAAGCGGGGUGACAUUAUCGUCGCGGAUAAGGGGGUUAGCUUUGCGAUUCGCAAGGGUAUUCAGAUCUCUCGAAGCAUUGUCCGGUGGUAUGAGCAUAAUGACAUGGAGGAUCUGGAGCGCGUGCUCGCGAAGGUCACCAAGGAGCAAGCCCGGAAGCCUUUGACUCGCAGAUUUAUUAUCACGGAGGGUCUGUUUGAGUCUUAUGGCGACAUGGCGGACUUGCCCAAGAUAAUCGAACUCAGACUCAAGUACAAGUUCCGUCUGAUCCUUGAUGAGACCUGGUCUUUCGGUGUUUUGGGACGCACUGGCCGUGGUAUCACGGAGCACCAGAACGUCGAUGCUGCCGAGGUUGAUAUGAUCGUGGGGUCACUGGCCGGUCCUCUCGUUGCUGGUGGUGGCUUCUGUGCUGGUUCAGAGGAGAUUGUUCACCACCAGCGUAUUUCGGCCGCUGCCUAUACCUUCUCCGCCGCGCUUCCCGCUCUGCUCUCGACUACUGCCAGUGCCACCAUCAACAUCCUCCAGAACAACCCCGAGACAGUGACACAACUUCGGGAACUCACCAAGGCCAUGCGGGCUCAGUUAGAUCCCCGGAGUGACUGGGUUUACUGCACCAGCUCGCCUGAGAACCCUAUUCUCAUCCUGGUCAUCAAGCCCGAGGUUGUGGCUGCUAAGCGGCUUACAGCCAACGACCAGCAGUUCUUACUUCAAGAUGCCGUCGAUGAGUCUCUUGCCAAUGGUGUUCUCAUUACGCGGCUGAAGACUCUCGAGGACAACUUCGAGCCCAAGCAGAUUGUCCCGCCAGCCCUGAAGGUGUGCGUCACUACCGGUCUCACCAAGAAAGAGAUUGAAAAGGCAGGAACAAUCAUCCGACAUGCCAUUACCAAGGUGAUGAGCAAGAGGAAGUAA